GUGUGUGUGUGUGUGUGUGUGUGUGUGUGUGUGUGUGUGUGUGUGUGUGCAGAUAUGAGAAAGGCGAACUGAACUGAAUUUUUUUUCCAUAUGUUUAUCUACAGUUUCCCCCAGACGUCCACAGCGAGGUGUCAUGACCUGGAAAAAGCCAGGGAGAGAUAAGACUUUGGACUGAGGAUGAGGGGACGAGGGGACGAGGAGACAUUGUGUAUAUAUGUAACACUGAGACAGUGACUAAGCCCUACUUAGCAUGUUUCCUGUAAUCACUACAACUCUCAGCCGCAGAGCCGUGAGAUGUUGGACAAGUCGACGCGCCGUAGCUACUGUUGUCUCCGGCAACAAGAUCUCACAACAGGUGAUGGAGCGUCUGAAAAAGGACGUAGCGGAGAUGAACCGCCAGCAUCCAGGCUUUAGACCAGGCCUGGUGGUGCUACAAGUUGGAAGCAGAGACGACUCCAAUCUGUACAUCAGUAUGAAGUUAAAGGCAGCAGUCAGUAUCGGCAUGAAUGUCAACCACAUCAGGCUCCCGAACACGGCUUCAGAGGACGAGGUGCUGCAGAGCAUCACGCUGUAUAAUGAGGACCCUGAUGUUCACGGACUCAUCAUCCAGCUUCCUCUGGACUCCAUCCACCACAUCAACACUGAGAACGUCACCAACGCUGUGGAUCCAGACAAGGAUGUGGACGGUCUUUGCAGUGUAAAUGCAGGGAAGCUUGCUCGAGGUGAUCUGCACCACUGCUUCAUCCCCUGCACACCGAGCGGCUGCAUGGAGCUCCUCAAACACACAGGUCUGUCCGUAUCGGGUAAGAAGGCUGUGGUGAUCGGACGCAGUAAGAUCGUCGGAGCUCCCAUGCGUGAUCUCCUCAUGUGGAACCAUGCCACGGUCACCUGCUGCCACUCCAAAACUCCAGAUCUUCCAGCAGAAGUGAAGCAGGCGGAUAUCCUGGUGGUCGGCGUGGGGAAAGCCGAGAUGUUGAAAGGCGACUGGAUAAAAGAGGGCGCGGUGGUCAUCGACGUCGGCAUUAAUUACAUCCCAGACAGUAGCAGACCCUCAGGUAUGCGGGUGGUGGGAGAUGUUCACUAUCCGUCCGCUAAGGAGCGAGCGGGGUUCAUCACUCCGGUUCCUGGAGGAGUUGGACCCAUGACUGUUGCCAUGCUGAUGGAGAAUACAGUAAAGAGCGCUCAGACGUUUCUGCAGACGUACAGACCGGGGAAAUGGAACGUGACAUACACCAAGCUGAAACCACACAAACCUCAAGCAAGGUGCAAGAACACUGAGAAUGUUGAUGCCCAGAUCUCUCAGUGUGCUACACAGAAGUCUGUUCAUCAGCUGGCUAAAGAGAUGGGGCUGCUGUUGAAGGAGACGGAGCCGGACUUCAGGGGCAGUGUGAGGGUGAGUCUGGACGUCCUGAAGCGUCUCAGCAAACAGCCUGAUGGGAAAUAUGUGGCAGUGACUGGAAUAACUUCCACGCCGUUAGCCGAAGACCAGCGCACCGUGGCUCUGGGGUUAGCUCACGCUUUAGGGGGGCAUUUAAAGGUCAAUGCUCUUGCCUGCGUUAGACAGCCGUCUCUACAGCACUGUUUAGCAGGAGCUGUUGUUAGAGGUGGAUUCUCACAGAGCUCCAUGGAGGAGACUGGGUUCCAGCUCACAGGACACUCAGAGGCUGUUUCAGCAUCCAGUAGCCUCAUCAUAGACACCAUCACAGCUUACUGUCAAUACCAGGCCGAGCUCUCUGACCAGGCUUUUUUCGACCUCUUGGUUGCAGUCAGAGACGAACAUCGAUCCUUCUCAUCAUCCCAGCUGAAAAGACUACAGAGACUCGGUGUUGAGAAAUCCGACCCCACGACCCUGACCCGAGAUGAGAUUAGACGCUUUGUCCGGUUGGACAUUAAUCCGGACACGAGGACGGACCGCACGUCUCUGGACGCUGAGAUGACGGCCAUCGUGUCUCUGAGCAGGAGUCUAGAGGACCUGCAGGACAGACUGGCUCGGGUGGUGGUGGCUAAUAACAUGUCUGGAGAGCCGAUAACCGCAGAAGACCUGAGUGUAAGCGGUCUUGUAGGUCUGCUGUUGAAGGAAUCCCUGAAGCCGUGUUUGAUGCAGAUGCUGGAGGGGACUCCUGUCUUUUUUCACCCCAGUCCAUUAGCUGAUGUCGCAUGGGGCAGUCCAUCCAUCGUGGCAGAUAAAAUGGCUCUAAAAUUGGUGGGACCUCAGGGUUUUGUGGUCACCGAGACGCCUGACUGUGAGAACUUCUUCAGCAUCACGAGCCGCUCCUCAGGCCUGCGACCGCACGUGAUGGUGUUGGUGACGUCUGUACCAGACCUGAAGACGUACGGCAGCGGAGCAGCGAACCUGGAGCUGCUGGAGGAAGGCUGCGCUCUACUGAAGAGGAGGAUAGAGACGGCCAGGGCGUACGGUGUUCCUGUGCUGGUGGCUGUAAACACCUUCAGCUGUGAUACGGAGACUGAGGUGGAGCUGGUGUGUAGGCAGGCGAAGAGUUUCGGAGCGCUCGAGGCAGUGCGGUGCACUAGUUGGCCUGAAGGGGGCGCUGGAGCACUGGAGCUUGCACACGGCGUUCAGAGCGCGGCCGAGAUCCAGGGAACGCUUCACUUCACCUGCGAGCUGCAGAUGAGUGUGACUGAGAAGAUAAGAAACAAAGCCCAGCAGAUGUUUGGUGUUGAAGAUGUGGAGCUUUCAGCUAAAGCCAAAAAGAAGCUGGAGCUUUACAUAAAACAGGGUUUCAGACAUUACCCAGUGUUCAUCAGGGACACUCACAUAUACAAGAGGAAUGUGAAGGUGCUGCUGAUUUCAGACGUCCAGGCGUACGCAGGAGCACAACUGCUCCACUUUAUGGUGAGUGAAGCCACGUUCGGAGAAGCUUCUCUUCCGCACGUCACCCGAAGUGUCCAUCAGGAGAAGAGCUGCAACUCGCCGUUUGUGUAUGUGUGUGUGUGUGUGUGUGUGUGUGUGUGUGUGUGUGUGUGUGUGUGUGUGUGUGUGUGUGUGUGUGUGUGUGUGGUUUAAUUAUAUGAGUAAAGCUCAUUGUACACAUCCCCCUAUGAUUAAUUCAGCCAUCUGUUGUUACUACUAUACAAACACAUGUAUUUUCACUACACAAGUGAAGUGGUCUGUUUUGUAGUCCACGAUCCUUUCCAAUCACCUCGUUCUAUAACACAGCUAUAACACAGCUCUAUGUAGUUGUAUAAAACUACAUGCAUUUUAUACUAUAUGUAUGUACGAAUCAGACAUUUUAAAGUUUAACAAUCAGGGCUCAUAUGCAUGACAUGUGAAGCUUCUCCUGGUGAUAAAUUUCUUACGAAUGUGGCGUUUCUCCUUAAAAUUAAAGAGAAGCUCACAGUGAAGGUAAAAGUUCUUCAUAAAGCAUCUUAACCCUUAAAAGAGCUCAUAAGGUCAAAAAGUGCUAGGAGAAGUGAGGAAGACUUUAAGAGGAUGAAGAGUUUCUUUAUCACACAGGAGAAAAUGGCUGAAAGGUGAAGAGGGAAAAGAAAUGUGUCGUAUACGAUAUAUAAUAAUGAUACUGUGUGUGUGUGUGUGUGUGUGUGUGUGUGUGUGUGUGUGUGUGUGUGUGUGUGUGUGUGUGAGAGAGAGAGGGAAAGAGUGAAGAGAGA